GGGACAGCUCAUGGCUUGAAGAAAGGAACAGUCAGGGGAAAGUGGAGAGGUUCCGCUUGCGGGUGCCUAGCCAAGAGAAAUGCGUUUGAUGUGCUAGGGGACCUCAAGCCUCCUGGAGCUCUCCCUCCUUUUCCCAUGGAGUUACUGCUAACGCACGUGAGCACUAGGUAAAUAUUUGGCCAACAGGGUCAGAAGCCACACGUUGCUUCCUGCUGGGAUAUUCCUGUGCAUAAAGCCCGGCUGGCAUAUCUGCCUGGCCAAGCUGGGAAGACCGGUGCUGCUGGAGAGAGAGUCAUGCAGUCUGUGGCUGUGCUACUCCUGGGCUUCCUGUGUACCUUCAGCACAGGCCAGCGUUCUCCACUUAAUGACUUCCAAAGGCUGAAAGCUAUCCAGCUGACCCACGGGUCCCAGCUGAACUCAGAGCGACCCAUGGCAGUAGCAGAGUGUGCACGGAGAUGUGCAAUAUUGCUUGACUGUCGAGCUUUUAAUUACAACCUGCGGAGUCAAGGGUGCCAGCUGCUGUCGCUGACCCAGCAUUCGCCAGGCGCCCAGUUGCAGAGGAAUGUCCACUAUGAUCUCUACCAGAAGAAAGGUUAUGUGAGAGAGUGCAUCAGGGGCAAUGGGGCAGACUACAGAGGGACUCAGUCCACGACUGAGAAGGGGAAAACCUGUCAGCACUGGCAGAAGCGGUAUCCUCACGAUCACAGGUAUCACUUUUCUACGGAUCAUGUGUAUGGUUCUACGGCUGGACUUGACUUUGGGCUUUUUUCCCUGGAAUAUGAUCCAGGAGAUAGGUUUGCUGCAUCAAUAUAUACCGGACUGGAAGAAAAUUACUGCCGGAAUCCAGAUGAGGAUGAGAACGGUCCCUGGUGCUACACUACUGAUCCUGCUGUCCGGUACCAAAGCUGUGGUCUCCAGAAAUGUGAAAAUGCCAAAUGCGUGUCAUGUAACGGCGAGGACUACCAGGGCUUCGUGGAUCACACGGAGUCGGGCACGGAGUGCCAGCGCUGGGACCUGCAGCAUCCGCACAAGCAUCCCUACGAGCCAAACAGAUACCCUGAUAAAGACCUUGCUGACAACUAUUGCCGCAAUCCUGAUGGUUCUGAGCGCCCUUGGUGUUACACGACCAAUCCUGCCAAGCAGCGGGAGUUUUGCCAGAUCCAGAAAUGCACGAAGGAGGCAGAGAAAACUCAGCAGCCCUCUACGACAACCAACUGCUACCGGCUGAAGGGAGAAGGCUACCGUGGCAAGGUGAACUUCACAACAUCGGGCAGCCCCUGCCAGCGCUGGGACUCGCAGACGCCUCACCAGCACAACUUCCUACCGGAGAAAUAUGAGUGCAAAGACCUGAGGGAAAAUUACUGCCGGAACCCUGACGGUUCAGAGGCCCCCUGGUGCUUCACCACGCUACCGAAUGUGCGGAGGGCCUUUUGCUUCCAAAUCAAGCAUUGUGUUGAUGAUGUUGCGGUAGAAGACUGUUACCAUGGAAAUGGAGAAGAAUAUCAAGGCACUGUUAGCAGGACCCGGAAAGGAAUCAGCUGCCAAAGGUGGAAGGAUCAGUCACCUCACAAACCCCAAGACUUCCCUACCAUGCUCCCAACGGUGCGUCUUGAAGAGAACUAUUGCCGCAACCCUGACAAUGACAGCCAUGGGCCCUGGUGUUACACCAUGAAUCCCAACAUCCCAUUUGAUUACUGUGCUAUUGAGCCGUGCGCUGGUGAAAAGAAGCCAUCCAUCUUUCUGAACCCAGAGAACAUCAUCUUUGACCAGUGUGGCCAGAGGGAUGACAGAAUGCAGUCACGGGCUCGUGUUGUGGGUGGGCGCCCUGGGAACUCACCUUGGACCGUCAGCAUCCGCAAUCGGGAAGGUGUUCACUUCUGCGGCGGUUCACUGGUGAAAGAACGGUGGGUCAUCAGCACACGCCAUUGUUUCUCCUCUUGUGACGCUGAUCUAGCUGGUUAUGAAGUUUGGCUUGGGACGCUUUUUAAGAGCCCCGGUCCUAAUGACCCGGACAGACAGGCCAUCCCCAUCCUGAAGAUUGUCUGUGGGCCCUCAGAGUCUUUUCUGGUGAUGUUGAAACUGCAAAGACCAGCCAUCCUGAACCAGCGAGUGGCACUGAUCUGUCUCCCGCCUGAGCGCUACAUAGUGCCUGAGCACACGCCAUGUGAAAUCGCAGGAUGGGGUGACACCGGGGGCGCUGGCAAUGAAAACGUCCUCAAUGUGGCUAAGCUGCCGAUCAUGAGCAAUCAGCAGUGCAAUGUGGAACUCCGAGGCCGCGUGAAGGAGAGCGAGCUGUGUACAGCACCCCUGCGUGUGGGUGUGGGGGCCUGCGAGGGUGAUUUUGGAGGCCCUUUGGCUUGCUUGACUCAUGACUGCUGGGUGCUACAAGGCGUGAUCACCCCGUCCCGCGUAUGUGCUCGCAAAGACAAGCCAUCCACCUUCAUUCGUGUUUCUCUCUAUGUUGACUGGAUCAACAAAGUAAUGAAGUUGAGCUGAACUUGCUGGAGGCAGCACAGCCUGAUGUCUCCCAUCUCCCUCUGCUGCAUCCUCCUCCUCAGCAUCACCCCGGAAUGGUCCUUCCCCGCUUUUCAGCCCAUCUAGCAACAGUGCUUUGGAAGGAUAAGCAAGGAGGCUGGAGCACGCUCAAGAUAAAUUGUGUCCUGGCCUCCCCGUCUCCUGCCCUUCCUGCCAACUGGUGUGGCCCCUUUCCCCUUCUCCAAGGCCAAUUUUCCAGCUUUGGAGUGUCAGCCAGCAUGCUUCUCUCCCCAUCAUCUGCAAAGGGGCAUGGGCACUCCACUUUCUAAGAUUAAACCAUUCAGAAUCAAAAACAUGCUUUGGUCCCAAAGAUGCUUGUCCAGGGGCCAUACAAUUGCUCUCUUAAAGUAGAAUGCAGAGAGGGGGUCUGACUUCCAAAAAGCUGUAUUCUGUGAGGAUUCAUGAGGCUCAGCAAUAAAUACUUUUGCUGGAAAUGCCACGCGAGCCCUAGAGGCACUCUUGGAAAUAAAGAUGGUGCUGUUGACCAGU